AUGUCUGCUCCUUCUCAGAACCCAGCCGUGGUUCCAGUGGCCAAGCCUGCUGAGGUGUCUGCUCAGGCCAAGUCUCGUGAUGAGGCUCCACAGGCCAAUGAGUUGAAAAAGCAGGCUGCGACCACCCCACAGGGAGGCGCAGCCGCACCUGCCAGCAAGGCCUCCGCGCUUGGUGGAAAAGGUGGUGGCAAAGGUAUGAACACCAUGAGCCCCGCAAGUGGAGGCACUGCCGCUGCAGCACCCAAGGCCAAAUCGGCACCAGCACCACCCACUUCUGCUGCCGCUAUCGUGGAGGAAGGAAAGAAGCCAAUGACUGCUGCAGCACGCAUUUCAGCCACUGGUUCCUCUUUGGCCAAAGGUGUUGGAGCCAAGGCCGAACCUCAGGCUAAGCCAAAGGCCAAGGCAAAGAUGGCCGCCAUGUCCAGCAGACCUUUGCCAAGGGACACAAUGGGAGCAGCCCCCACCAGUGUCCUGAACAUCGUGAGUGGCCAGCCUGUGCCAGCAACACAAGCUGGAACCUCUGCCUAUGCCACCAGCACUGUCGGCCCUGCACGAACAUAUGCCAAGUCUGCUGCAGGGGCGGUCAAUGGAGAAGUGCCAAAGGCUGGUCCACCAGCUGUUGCGAUGGGUCGUGCUUUGGCAGCAGGCCGCCCGGCAAUGCAAAUGGUGAAUGGCAAGCCAGUGACCACCAUCACCAAGAAGUAUCAGCUGGUCUUUGUCACUGGCGAAGUUGCCCCUUUCUCGAAGACUGGUGGUUUGGGAGAAGCCAUGGAUGGACUGCCAAUUGCCUUGGCUGCCCUGGGUCAUCGCUGCAUGGUCAUUUCGCCCCGCUACGAUCAGUACUCGGAAGCCUGGGACACUGGCUACUGGGGCUCUGUGACCAUGGGUGGCAAGCAGGAGUCUGUCCACUUUUUUCCACACUUACAAGCAGAAGGUGGACUAUGUUUUUGUGGAUCACCCAACCUUCUUGGAGCGUGUCAAUGGUUUGACAGGCUCUAA